ACGAAGAGAAUCAAACAUGAGCGGCAGAGGAAAGACCGGUGGAAAGGCGAGGGCCAAGGCCAAGACCCGAUCCUCCCGUGCCGGGCUCCAGUUCCCUGUGGGCCGUGUUCACAGACUCCUCCGCAAGGGCAACUAUGCCGAGCGUGUCGGUGCCGGAGCCCCGGUCUACCUGGCGGCUGUGUUGGAGUAUCUGACCGCUGAGAUUCUGGAGCUGGCUGGAAACGCGGCCCGGGACAACAAGAAGACCCGCAUCAUCCCCCGUCACCUGCAGCUGGCCGUCCGCAACGACGAGGAGCUCAACAAGCUGCUGGGCGGAGUGACCAUCGCUCAGGGCGGCGUGCUGCCCAACAUCCAGGCGGUCCUGCUGCCCAAGAAGACCGACAAGCCCAACAAGAAGUAAAUCCACGUACAGCCUUCAGCCCAACACAACAAAGGCUCUUUUAAGAGCCACACUAAUCUGAUAGAAAGCAGUGCUCCUGUUUCCAUUUCACAGCAGAUCACAAACUGGCGACUGUUCUCUCAUUCAGCUUCAAAUAGAACCUUGGGGGGGCGCUGACUUCAACUUAAGACAAUUGUUCUAUAUAAAUGUUGCAACCACUUUGUGUUGUUUUUUUCUAACCAUUUAAGCCUGAAUAAUGUAAAUGUGUCAUCACAUUUAAGAUAUAAACCACAGAUGGGCAGAGGUGUAAAAACCAGGUGCUUCAUCAAC